AUGGCCGCCACCCCUCCACAGAUCGCGCACCGUUCGUAUGGUCGGGCUCAAGCAGCUCGUCCGCCGGGUGUUCAGGAUCUGCUCCGCGGAGAGGCGAAGCAGAGGGCAGCUGCAGCAAGCAGAGGUGGAGGAAACGGGCGGCGCCAUGAGGAGCGCUGCCGCCGCCGCCACCAGCGCACCUUGGAGCUGGACGUCCUCGAUUGCGCCGUCUGCUGGCAGGCCUUGUGCCCUCCAGUUUUCCAGUGUGCCGUGGGUCAUCUCAUAUGCUCAUCCUGCCUCGCCAAGCUCCCAAACAGGAAGAAAUGCUACACCUGCUCCCGCAAAGGCGACUACAACCGCUGCUACUCCAUGGAUAAAGUCCUUGGAUCUAUGCAGGUUCCUUGCUCCAACGCCAGGUAUGGCUGCACCGUGAAGACCAGCUACCACCAGAAGCAGGAGCACGAAGCGACAUGCCCCCAUGAUGAGCCAUGCUUCUGCCCCGUGAGCUGCUGCGGCUUCAGCGGCGGACCAGCGGCCGCGACGCACCUCCGCCAUUUCCUCACCGAUCACGGCUGGCCCUCCACCGAGUUCAGCUACGGGGCCUCCUUCGACGUCGCUGUGCGGGAUGAGGAUGAGAUGCGCGUCCUCAUCGGCGACGACGGCCACCUGUUCUUGCUCACCGUGGCGCUGAAGCCGUCCUCCUGCGUCGUCGACUUCUCGGUGGUCUGCGUGCGGCCUCGCGACGUCGAGCCCAAGUUCCGGUGCAUCAUGGCCUUCGGCUCCUGGAAGAACUCGAACUACUACGCCCGAUCGGAGUUCCAGGUGACAAGCACGGCGUUCUUCGGCGGGAUGCCGCCGGAAUGCGUCAUGUUCAGCGUGCCGAAGCUGUGUCUGGACAAGGACAGCAGUAUCCAUGUCACCAUGCACAACACCUUGGCGUGA